AUGGGCUUCCUAGACACAAUCAUAAGCUUCAUCGAACGCCUCGUCAGACUAUUCAUCGGGGCCAACGAAGAGAAGCUAUACGGUCUGGACCAUGCAAUUCUCAACGUCGAGGUUCCACCUAGGAAUAUGUGGAUGAAUAUGGGGUAUUGGAAGGAUACAAAAUCGUUCCCUGAGGCUUGUGAGGCAUUGCUGGAGCUGAUUCUUAUUACAGCGGGGCUUUUGAAUGAGGAUAAGACGGUCGCGAGUACUCCCAGCGCGAUAAAACUCGUCGAUGUUGGAAUCGGUUGUGGUGACCAGUCUCUUUAUUUAACCAGGAAGCUCCCUGUCGCUGGUCCGGAUGAGCAAAGACGUGUUCUGGUCGACUCAUACGUUGGAGUAACAUUCGCACGCUCCCAAGCGGACUUUGCGCGAGACCGGCUGUUGAGCAGGUCUUCCGAUUCUGACACUGCAGCCUGGACACCCGAUGUGAGAAUCUUUGCUGCAGACGCCGCUAAACCUGAUUCCUGGGAACCUGGGCUUAAGACAGCCGUCUCAAAUGACCACGGUCACGACAAAACUCAAACAUGGCUCCUAGCUCUCGACACCCUGUAUCACUACAAACCCUCCCGCACACCCCUCCUCACUCUCGCAUGUUGUAACCUCCAAGCCUCCUUUAUGGCCUUCGAUCUCCUUCUCGACUCCUCUGCCUCAUUCACUAGUAAGCUACUCGUCCGAUUGAUGUGUCUGUUGUCGGGAAUCCCGUACACAAAUAUUCUCACGACGACGCAAUACGAGGAUAUGUUAGUCCAGGCCGGGUAUGACCGCGAUACAAUACAGAUUCGCGAUAUCUCAGAACAUGUGUUUCCGGGGAUUUCGGCUUAUAUCCGCGAGAAGGACAGAGCAUUGAAGAAGUUUGGGAUGGGAGUAGGAAAGUUUAAGGUACCGGGGUGGCUUUUUGGGUGGUGGGGUAGGUCGGGGGUUAUUAGAGGGGUUGUUGUGGUCGCGCGACGUUAG